ACUAAAACCUUAGCCGCCACGCGUCGCCGUGCUUUCUGCCCAAGCUUUGGUUGCUCUCAUAAUUUCAGGGGAAUCGUCGAGAUACAGAAGGAGAUAGACAAGGAUGGGGAGCGACAGUGAGAACGGAAAAUCUUUGAAGGAGAGGAGGAAGUUGAUGUCCGUCUCCCCGAUUGCCAAACCCUUAUCCGGAAAGAAGUUAUGCAAGCGGAUCCUAAAGCUCGUCCGACGAGAUUGUGUGUUAUUGCUGGGAAUAUAUCUCCUAUGGACGUGAUUACCCAUGUGCCCAUCUUACUGGAGGAAGCUGACAUUCCUUAUAUCUAUGUUCCUUCAAAAGAGGAUCUUGCAGUUGCUGGGGUUACCAAGAGGCCAACUUGCUGCAUAUUGGUGACAACUAAACCAAUCAAAGGCGAGCUGACGCAGGAUGUACAAGAGAAGCUGCAGGCAGAUUACAACCAGGUCGUUGCAGAAGUGAAGGAGCUCACAGCAUCCCUCUUCUGAAUGUUCUAAACGUCCAAGUCUCAUACACAUCAUGUUUGCAGUUCUUACAUACGAGCUGUUUCUUCCACUUCUAUUGUAAGCCUAAUCCUUCCAUAGCUAUUUGUAGAUGCCUAAUAAAAGACAGUAAUAGAAAAGGGUUGAUUAGUCGUAGGCCAGUUUGUAUGUCAAUUAAGCUUCGUCAACUGUGGAGUCUUGAUCUUAAGUUAGGAUUGAUUUUGGAUGCCAACCAUUAGUUCUUCCUACUUUGACUCGAUAUCCAGAAGCAAGAGUUUUGAAGAUAUCCAUCACUGCAUGUUGAUUAGUAGGAUCUUAUUGUAAUAUUGGUAUUAAACAUCAGAUAGAAGUCCUUGUUAACUAGUUGCCAGGUUAGUUCUUUAUCCUAAUGUGACUGAUCUUUGUUAAUUGACAAAAUUUUGACUCGCAACCUAGUAUUAGUAUAUCAACUGGCAU